GCAUUACAAAAAGAAAAAUUUAUGAUUGAAAGAUGAAAUAGAAAUGAUAAUUAAGAUGAGAGAGGUUAACAAAGGAGAGAGAUAACUUUCUCACUCGAUCCUUACCCAACAACAGUAACACUUGUGUUGUCCAAAAAAAAAAACAGUAACACUUUUCCUCAGAUAACUGACAAAUUUCCGAGUAAGAAAAGAAGAAAAUGCACCAAACCCUUACUUCAGGAUCCACACCUUGCAUUGCCAGUACCGCAAAUUCCAGUUAUCUGUGAAGUCAGUUUUUCGUUCACCUUUCACAGGAGGAUAUUGUUCUCAUUCGAGGAAAAUGAAGCGUGCUUUAAACAAGGUUAACCUUGGUGAUUCUCAUAUUAGUGAGAAUUCGGAAAGUCCAAAUUCUGGCAAUAAAAGAAUAAGGUUAGAAAGGCGAUUGAGGAGAUGGGAUGCCAGGAAUGAUAGUUUGCAGCACAAUCGUGUUGCCAGUGCUAAAAGGAAAACUGCUACUAAUCAUAGUGGUGGUUCAAAUAUUGGCGUCAACGUUAGCAAUAGCAAUGACAGUGAUGAAGUGGAUCCAGAUUACGCACUAUUCCUUAAUUCUGUGACGAUUGUUGAUGGCGAUGAGGAGUAUAUGCGUGUUAAGAAUACCACAAACACAUCCGUCAGGGAGGAUGGGAGAAAUUCUUCUAAAAUUGACAGUGCUAUUAAUCAUAGCGGUGGUUCAAAUAUUGGCAUCGGCGUUGGCAAUGGCAAUGACAGUGAUGAAGUCGAUCCAGAUUACGCACUAUUCCUUAAUUCUGUGACGAUUGUUGAUGGCGAUGACGAGUAUAUGCAUGUCAAGAAUACCACAAACACGUCCGUCGGGGAGGAUGGGAGAAGUUCUUCUAAAAUUGACAGUGCUAGUAAUCAUAGUGGUGGUUCAAAUGUCGGCUUUGGAAAUGACAAUGACAGUGAUGAAGUGGAUCCGGAUUACGCACUAUUCCUUAAUUCUGUGUGGAUUGUUGAUGGCGAUGAGGAGUAUAUGCGUGUUAAGAAUACCACAAACACGUCUGUCGGGGAGGAUAGGAGAAAUUCUUCUAAAAUUGACAGUGCUAGUAAUCGUAGUGGUAGUUCAAAUAUCGGCGUCGACAUUGGCAAUAGCAAUGACAGUGAUGAAGUGGAUCCAGAUUAUGCACUAUACCUUAAUUCUGUGACAAUUGUUGAUGGCGAUGACGAGUAUAUGCGUGUUAAGAAUACCACAAACACAUCCGUCUGGGAGGAUGGAAGAAAUUCUUCUAAAAUUGACAGUGCUAGUAAUCAUAGUGGUGGUUCAAAUAUCGGCGUCAGCGUCGGCAAUGGCAAUGACAGUGAUGAAGUGGGUCCGGAUUACACACUACCCCUUAAUUCUGUGUCGAUUGUUGAUGGCGAUGAGGAGUAUAUGCGUGUUAAGAAUACCACAAACACAUCCCAGGUGGAGAAUAGGAGUAAUUCUUCUGAUUCAGAUCUAAUUGUUUUGGAAUCUUAUCCAACUUGUGGAAACACCCCUUUCAUUCCUUCUAAAAUGUAUGAUUCAUCUUGGUUUGGCGAAGAAACGAACCCCAAAGACAACGUGCAAACACCUGCUUAUGAUGAUUCUCAUUUUAGGAGAAGACUUAUGGAACAUCUUGAGAGGCCUUAUGACCUUAAAGAGUAUAAGGACCUUAUAAACAGAUUAAUUAACAGAACUCAAAAAGAACACUCUGAAGGUGUCAUUACACCGUAUCAUGAGAUGUACCCUGAUAUAUCCAAAGCUAUUGCUAAGGUGUCCAAGGAAAGACCUAAAGUUUUGUUUCUCUUGCGUGGAUUUUUUUUCUGGUUGGAAAAUGUGUGCCACAUGGGAUCAUUUCAGCCUUGGGAUGACGAACCAUGUAUGGACUUAUUGCGAAAAAUGUAAAAUUGGAAUAUCUUGUAUCUAGGAUUAGGAAACAAUGCUAUUUGAAUUUGCUCAGGCAACAAUGUUUAUGUACAGUUAAACCAAUCACUUAACUAUGAUACAUUAUCUCUUGAAGGAAGAAAACCACAUAUUUUGUGUUUUCUC